UAAAUGGUGUCUGUCGCUUAGCCACCGAUACACCUCUAUGCCUGGAAAGCACACAUUUAGCGCACAAUAAACAAACACAUAGACGCGUUUAAUAUAUGUAUUUAAUUAGGGAGUGUCACCCAGUCUCAUCUAAAGGCGCAGUAUGUCCGUUUUUUAUUAGUAUUAGUUAGCUAGUUGUUAGCCUAGCCUCGCUAACAUCCGCUUAUAUACACACACCAGUGAAACCAGGAAGGAGGGACCAGACCAAGACCAGCAAGCAGCUUGGCCUCAAAGGUUGCUUCACUUCUAGUACUAAACUAUUAUCCAUAAUAUACAACAAAAAACAACAAACCACAAACCACAAAACAACCACGGACAGUCUUGUGGAAAAAGGUGUAAGCGCAAAGAUGUCAAAGGCUCCGGAUUCUCCAGCUCGGUCCCGCUCCAGGUCAAGAUCCAGGUCUAGAUCCAGAUCUUACUCCAGGUCUCACUCUAGAAGCCGCUCCCGCUCAAGGUCCAGAAAGCGUCGCUAUAGUUCUAGGUCUCGUUCCCGCUCACGUUCACACACUCCGUCCUAUAGAAACUAUCCUAGCCGAGACUAUCAGAACAACAGAGGCGGCGGCUUCAGGGGCUACAACCGAGGCUACCGGAGGCCCUUUCACUACCGCGGCAGAAACCGAGGCUAUUACCAGCGUGGUCAUUACCAGAACAGGGGAGGAGGCGGCGGCGGCUAUGGUUACAAGGCCAAUUGGCAGGGAGGCGGGGGAGGCUGGCACGAUCGCCACCAUGACCAGGACCACCACUCUCACAGCCCAAGGAGGGGCCGCUCGCGUUCCCGCACACCCAAGAAGCGCUCGGGCAGCCGCAGCCGGUCCCACUACUCUGACCGCUCGUCUUCGGGGAGAUCUCGACGCUCCAGGCACUCCAGCUACUCCUCUCGGUCCCGGUCUUCCUCCCCACGCCAUCGCAGCAGCAAGGGCAAGCCUGGACCCAAGGACGCUAAGGACAAGCUAGCAGAUAGCCAAGUAGAGAAAUCAGGUCAGGCCACAGACGGCAACGCCAUCGAGAAGGUGUCAGGAGGUAAAUGGUUAGACUAUGACGCCAGCCCCAAACGAAUCAGCCCAGAGACUGAUAAGAAAGAGGAUGCCACCUCUGGUUCUGAGAGCAAGGGGGCCGGCAGCGGCGCUUCUCUUUGGAGAACCAUUGGCAGCGUGUCGUCCCCUCCGGUGGAGAGCCCCACCAAGUCGGGACAAACGGCCUCCUUCAGCGGCUUUGGGUUCUUCUCAAAGGAGGAAGCCAAAUCUGGGGAUAAGACUGUGAUCUCUGCUGCCUUCAAAAAGUUCUUGGCUGAGAAUAAAAACAAAAAGCAGGCAGCUGAAAAGGAGAACGGUCGCGAUAAGGAGCAGAGCACCUCAGAAAGGGAAUUAGAGAAAGGCAGCAAGUCCGGAGACCUCUUCAACAUCUCGUCCUCUUCUUUUGGCGACUCCAAGGAAGACAAGACCUUGCCCUUCUUCGACGCUGGAGAAGAAGAGUUCCUCAAGUCUCACGGGCUGAAAGAGAGGGACAUUGAUGAGGAUGGCGAGGUCAAAACCACCCUCACAGCUCGGGACAUUUUCGGGAAAUGGGGGGACGAGCCAAGCUAUUCUUCUUCCUACCCGCCGGUGAAAGAGAAAAGCCGGAGAGAUGUCGAAGAGCCUGAGCCCAUAGAUCACAUGGAGGAGGAGAUGUACAGAAGCCGCAAGCACAGCUCAAAGAAAGAGGAGAAGGCCAAGAAGAAGGAGAAGAAAGAAAAGGAGAAGUCCAGAAAGAGUCCGUCCCCUCCCACAACUUCCAGAGAGAAGGAAAGGCCGCUGUUCCCUGGCGCUUUCCCAACUCGCGUGGAGUCGCCUGUCCGACGUCAGUCUGCGUCAAGGGAGGAGUUUGAACUCAAAAUAGGCGCUUUAGAUGAAAUGCCCAGCUCUUCCCUGUCUAAAGAUCGCUUCAUGUCCCGAGAUCUGGCGAAUCCCACUAAGAAAGAGCCGGAGUUUCGCUCCAUUUUCCAGCACAUUCAGACCGCUCAGCUCUGUCGCAGCCCCCCUGAGCUGUUUGCUCAGCACAUAGUGUCAAUUGUGCAUUACAUUAAAGCUCAACACUUUCAGUCCACAGACAUGACUUUAAGUGAGCGGUUUGCCAUGUACCAAAGAAAAGCUGCUGAGGUUGAAAUGAUGAAGCCAAGGAAGAGCCCAGAAAUCCACAGGAGAAUCGAUGUUUCCCCCAGUGCCUUUAAGAGGCACUCUCACCUGUUUGAGGAUAUGGACGAGACGAGCUAUAAGGAUGCAAGUAAAAAGUUCAAAGGCGACGUGAUGGACCUUCGUCUGGAUAUUGAAAGACGUAAGAAGUUUGCUGGGAAGGAGCGCGACUUCAAGCGUGAAGGAGGCAGGAGCCCAGGAGGCUCCCGAGGACCAAGCGCAGAGAGGUCCUCUGAGAAAUCUGGGAAGCACCACAAGAAAUCCAAGAAGGGCAAGAAGAAACGGGAUCGCUCUCCGUCCUCCUCCUCCUCUUCUUCCUCUCAAUCCCCUUAUCCCCCACCUUUCAGAGGUAAAGAGUACAUGGGAGAGGGGAUGGAGCAAAUGGGGGAGGGCUACAGUCACACGCGUUAUCCCCCGCGGGAGUACAGCGGGCCCGGAGAGAGAGGCCCUCGCGAUUAUGAGGGCCACAACAUGGAAAGAGGCAGAGGCCGCGGAUUUUUCCCCAGAGUGAGAGGACGAGGUUGGAACAGGGGAAAUUAUCCAGGAAACAACAGCAAUGGCAACCCUGCUAAUAUGAAUCCUGCAGUGCGCCCUCCAGAGGAGGAGUGGGACCCUGAAUAUACUCCCAAAAGUAGAAAGUAUUACUUGCACGAUGAUCGCGAUGGCGAGAAAACCUGGGUUGACAACCGCGGAAGAGGCCGAGGAUCCUUCCCGGCCCGCCGGGGGCGCUUCGUCUACCGCAAAGGAGGCAGCAGCCCUAAGUGGACCCACGACAUGUACCAGGGAGGAGAAGAGGGGGACAUGGGCGACGACAACAUGGAGAUGGAUCAUAAAGAAAACAAAGGUGUUGGAGACGCCUCCGCCCAGAAGCAGUGAACUGCUGCAUCAGCUCCGGUAGCAGCAGCAGGUUAUCUUCACAGCCAUGAGCGUCUCAGUCAGAGUGGUUACUGUGGUUUUUUUAAAAAGGGAGGUGGGGGUCAUUUUUCUUGUUUUUUUCCUCCCCUCACCUCCCACCCCCUCUCCACAUCAUCUCAUCAUUUAACGGUUAAAAUUUGUUCAGUGAGUUUGAGCCUUCUCACAGUUCAAGUGAAGUAAAGAACUGUAAGUGACUUGAAUGAAGAGCAACACUCUUUUGUAUGUGAGGUUCAUAAUUUCAGGGUGUUUUUUUUUUUGUUUUUGUUUUUUUAUGUAAUGAAAGUUGCUGUUGGUUUAAUCUUCACAUACGGCUCGGCGGUGAAUUAAUUGUACGCUGUAAGGGGGAAAGUACUGAGGCAAAAAAAAAAAGAAGUUCAAAAUAGUUUCAUAUUCUCUGAAAAAGAGAAUAACAAAAAGCAUUUGUGCCUUAGAAAAUACUACAGUAACAUGUUCUUAUGUAAUCUGUUUAAAGGUACAACUCUGUACUUCCUGUCUGUCAGUGUCGGAAGGCUUUAGAUUAUUCCCAUUUCAUUGUUUUUCCUUUUUUUUGUGUGUGUGUUUGGGCUGUGAUAAAUCUUUGUAAUAAAAAAAUAGAUCUGUUACUGCAUGAAAAGUUUGAUUGAUACCUCGCUCCAUGGGACCAAUCAAUAGCGGGCACAGGGCUCAUGAUUGUCAUUGAACAUGAGUUUUGGUUUUACCCCUGAAUGAUUGAUAUGUGUCACUUAUAUUAUCUGAGCUUUUUUUUCAUAUAGUGCCACUUCAACUGUGUCUCAUUACAAAAUUGUUACGUGUGUUUGUAUGAGGUGUGUGUGUGUGUGCUACAGUAUAUUCUCAUUUAUUGUGGAGGUUUUCAGUUCAAAACAAUUGUAAAUUGAAGGAUUGGCACUAAAAAUCUGUUGAUUUGCUUUGCUUUUAGACUGAUACACACAUGUAGGUUUACAUCUGUUAAAUCAGUUUAGGUAAGUGGCUACCUUUUUUUUUUGUUUAGAGUUUUAAUUAAAUCUAUAUAAAUAGCUAUGGGAAAAAGGCGAAUACAUGUAUAGAAUUAUAAUACCUAAAUUAUUGUAAUCUUAGAGGGAAACAAAAGAUGAAUAUGGUUGAGUAAUCCUCGCAAAAAAAAAAGAGCCACAGUUUAAUCUUCCGUCUAAAAACCUGACAGGAGAAAAGGUGAAGAGAAACCCGAUAUUUGUGACAUUUGUCAAAGGCAAAGAUGAGUGUGUAUUUCUUAUGAGGAGUUAACACAAACUAGCAGAACUAGUUUGGUGGAUCUCACUGUGCUGCUUCGUCCCACUUUUGACUUGUACAUACUGCAUGUACUAAACCGAACUGUAGGACUGUAUCUUAUUUUGUUUGUUUUUGUUGAUUAAUCUGAAGCUGAAAACUUUUUUACCGUUCAAGAGCUUUUAAGUACUUGUCUUUUAAUUUUCAAUAAAUUUUUCUUUGAUUCA